AUGAAGCCUGCUGCUUUCACUGCUUAUGACUCUGAAAGGAAAUGUUCCAGCGGCGCUUCUCAGCCGGAGUCUGUGACGAGUCAGAUAGGCUCGCCAAUAGCUAGCUUGAACUGCCUUCACAGAGCAACCACUGACCUUCAUCCUUUCGCUCCACUUCAGCCCUCUGCGGUGACAUUUAAUGCUGGGAUUGCUUUCGACUAUAUCAACUUUCCAAGGAUUGUAUCAGUGUGUUGGCCGGAAUGCAAUACCCAAGCUGGUACGUCUGUGGUGGUAAGAGAUGAGUUACAGAUGAGAACGAAUAAAACUGCAUUCAACGAUAUUGAGGUGAUAACGGGUGUAUCUGUAUUCAACUGUGACCCGACUCGUACUGGGCGUCUGGGACCUCCUACUGACACCACACACCCUGUGAAAAAAGGACAUAUGGGGGGAGCGAAGGAAAACACACCUUCUACAGAGGAAACGACAACCUUAACUCUACUUCAAGAUGAACGCCAAACACAGAAACAAAGAGAGCAUUGUAGAUCGACAGAUCUUUAUGUGUCCACGAAAGUAGAAGCCAACUUGAAAUACAAAAAGAAUUCAAGAGAAAAACCAAUUGACUUUAUCCAAGAAGGUUCACCUAAUAGCCGUAGUAGAAGUCGCGAAGCGAGCCAACGGGAUGUUUUGGACUGCGCCAAACCAAAAUUACAUAUGAAGUUUUGCGCGCUUGAUGAUGAUAAGCAGGGGAUUUUCAAAGCGCAGAGCAGCUUUAUCGGUGUGAGACGCGAUGACAAAAAACUUUCACAAUCAGGCGUUGGAAACGUGACUAACAAACAAUUCGAAGGGAGUGUAAAGUUUCAAUCAUCGGAAACAAGCAUGGGUCUCAAAGAAAGUACACGUCCACAAAAAGAUAACAUGGAUAGCUAUGGUUCUAUCGCCGUUUGUCCAGCUACUAAAGAAAAGAGACUUCAAAAUCAUUUGCAAAAGGACAAUGCCCGAGAAAAUGUGCGUGACUUGGUCAGAAGAAUCCGGUUUAUCAAAAGUCGACUUGAUAGGGCGGAGUCCGACUUCAGGAAGAAACGAAUGCUGAAAGCUAUAGUUGGUUUACGGAAAAAAGUCAAAUCUCUCAUCGAAGGUAUGAGGAAUAACAAAGCUGAGCAAGGCAAAAGUCAACAGAAAACUGGCGCUAGUUGCCUUCAUAAGAAAGUGGAUAACAGCAAGGAAAUUGCACAGGAGAACAACAAAAAUAUGAACGCAAGCUCAAUUGUAAUUAGCGCAACUGAUGGUAAACUGGUAACUGAUCAAGUUAUCGUGAAUAUUGACGGGGAUACCAAGGAACACUGCAAUUACAAACAAAAUAGCGGAGAGCCCACCAAUGCAACCAAAAUUGAGGACGAGUACAGACCUAAAACAUCCUACAAUUAUGACAUCCAGAUGAAAAAUGACUAUCGUCGAAAGGGUCGUGGAAGCUUGACUUUGAUAAAAUCGAAUGUAGGAAAUGAGUCAUUUCUACGACUUCCAUUCGAAGUUGGAUUAGAUCUUUCAUCUCCUUGCAAGAAAAGGUCUGCCUCCUUGUCUGACGCUGAUCAAGCAGAGAACGGCGGGGCAAAGAAGAUGAAAGUUCUGUCAUUAUCAGGCCAAGAAUUAGUGGCUAGGAUCAAUACCAACACUGAAGAAGUAACAUGUAAUGUUCGAAGUGUCACGCAAUCUAGAGUAGAAGAAAAUAAUGUGACACCAACUGACGAUUGUGCCAUAUUAGCCAGGAGAGAAUUUGUUUUAUGUUACCCUGAUUUCACGCAAUGCAAACAUUGCAAAGAUGAAGGUUACGCAAGCGUCAAAAUGGAACCAUCAGAUCCGCCUUUGGAUUACGCAGUGCAUAAUCAGGCAAAUGACGCAAAAGAGGAAAGUCAAGGAGAUGAAGGACCUGGCAAAGGUUGUCAAGUGUCAUUGGAAAACAGAAAAGAAAAAAAAUUCACUACCGAGAGCACUCAUGAAUACCAUGAAACGGGCGAAAAGCAACCUGAAUACUCACAAGAGUCAGAAUGUAAAUUUUGUGCAGGGAUUAACUACCCGCAACUCGACCAAAGAGAGGAAAAGGACAAUGCAAAACCACAAGAAAAUCAAGGGUCCUCGCUCGAAAGAAUUUUACAAGACGAAGAAAAGCAAGGGUUUACAAGUCCCAGAAUCUAUAAUCCAAGUGGAAGACAAGAGGACAUCGACUUGAUACAAAGUUUGCAAAUCCGCGAGGCGCGAAUUCGAAAUCUGGCGCGAAAGAGAGAAAGGCUUUUAAAUCUGGCGGAGAUCAAAUUCAGAUAA